AUGGUGGCCGCAAAGAAGAUGAAAAAGUCUCUGGAGUUGGUGAAAAGUGAAAAGUACAUGCUGGUAUACAAACAGACUCUGAAGAUGACCAGACAGGGCAAAGCAAAAUUGGUUAUCCUCGCCAACAACUGCCCCGCUUUGAGGAAAUCCAAAAUAGAAUACUAUGCUUUGUUGGCUAAAACUGGUGUCCGUCACUACAGUGGCAAUAACGUUGAGUUGGGUACAGUGUGUGGAAAACACUACAGAGUAUGCACACUGGCUAUCCUUGACCCAAGUGGUUCCAAUAUUAUUAGAAGCAUGCCAGAACAGACUGGUGAAAGGUAA